UUUGCAGUUCUAUCUUCGCAAAAUGUUUAAUAUUGGAAUUUAUAUAUUAUACGCCUUUGUCGGCAGCAAUCUGUACGUGAUGGUUAAGUCCCAAAAUAAUAACGAUUUCUGGGAACAAGAUAAUUUUCAAGAUGCUAACAUAAAUGGAAAACUAGCGUUAGUAUGGCGCAAGCUGGAAAAUAUGGAAAAAAUGCAAAAAGAAACACUGGAAAAUAGGGACAGAACUCGAUGUGUAGUUACUGAUGCCCCAAUACAAUGUGGAGCAUUCUGUCUUGCAGCACUUAAUCCUCUAUAUAAUGAUAUGGAUAUUCAAGUCAACACCCUUAAUAAAAGCCUGGCGAUUCAAAAUAGAAUGCUAGCCAAGAUUAACACGGUGGAACAGUGGGAUAAAUCUAACCAAUAUGGUGAGCAGUUAAAAGGCCUGGCUGAAUUACUGAAAGAAACCCAGGAAAAACUGGGCAGGAUUGAGGCUAAAAUAAAUGCAGGACCAGCAGAUACACAGGAGAUCAUCCCAACCGGCUUUGAAAAGAUUGGAUCGAGAUACUUUUAUUUUGAGGACACUACCAGGCUGGAUUGGCUUGAUGCUAGAGACAACUGUCGGCAAAAGGGGGCUUAUCUUGCGUCUGUUCAAAAUCAAGAGGAGCUUGAUGCCAUCAAUGGAAAAGUCCAUCCGCAUAGCUAUUAUUGGCUGGGCAUCAAUAAGCUGAACUAUAACGAUGACUACGUAAAUGUAGCAUCUGGCAAGCCAACAACUUUCUUUAACAUGUGGCCUGGAUUACCUAACGGAUACACAGGAAACGGUCACUGCAUGGCCUUGGGUGGCAAACUAAUGUCUAAACAUGAAUGUGACUCAAAAAUGUGGUUUAUUUGUCAGUUAGACAGCAUAGUUUAAUGUUUUAAGAAAUGUAUGAUUUCAAAAUUUUUUUCAAUCUUGUAAAAGGUGUUUUGAUCUUGUUUAGAUGUUAGUAAAAAAAAUCUUUGAACGAACCAAAUAAAUAUUCUAGUACUAGCUUAUCCAGGCGAGUUCUUAUGAACACCAAAUUCAAAAGUGUUUAGUUUUGUUUUAACCCUUUUUUCAAUCUAAUUGCCUGGUGAUAAAUGGUAAAGAGAAUAUCGGCACACAAUUCAGAUCCAUUUUAAGGGUUUCCCAAUAUCUCGUACAAUUUAACAAAAAUGUGAUUAUUGCGGCACAAAAUGUUCGACAAGCAACAAGAAAAUCUCAUUGGGAACAUAAUCCAUUCACAAAUCCAAUUCAGACACAAAUCCGUAGCCUGAAAAUCCGAAAUCGGUUGAGGCGACUAAGAAAUCAGUUUGAUUGAUUAUGCACUUAAGUGUUGGGAAAUGUUUGGCCAAGAGUUUUGCUGAUGCUCCGAGCUGAAGCUGCUCGGAUAAAUAAAAUAGAGUUUCCACAAUGGAAGGCAAGGACAGUACUCCCCCAUUUUACCCCUCCUCAAACACACACAACACCCUCCUUUCACCGAACACCGAUAUAAAUUUCUGUAUAGAAUUUGCAUCUGUACAUCCUUUUAUGCAGCAGCAGCAGCACACACAGAUAAAUGCACAUAAAACUGUCUGUCCCCUUGCAGAAACCCCUUAGAAAUGCUCCUCCUAUCAAAAACAACAAAUCGCUCG